AUGGGCGGGAUCGAAGCUAAGCCUUCCAAAAAGGAAGUGGUUCCUAAAGAAAGAUGGACGAGCUGGACAACCCAACGAAGCCGUCUUCAUAAGCACACCUCAUAUGAUUUUCUAGGCAAGAAACAUCAAAUCUGUACUCUCUCCCAUUACCGUAUUUCUUAUGAGGCACUGCGCAUUUCCCACAAGCAUCUUACCUUACCAGGUUUUGUCGAAAGUCGCCAAACUUUCGAAAUGAAGGUCUUUGUUCUCAUCAUGCUGAUGGUUCUCAUGGCCGCUCUGCUGACUGACGCAGUAGACGGCAAAGGCCGCGGAGUAAGCCGCGGGGUAAGCCGCGGAGUAAGCCGUGGAGUAACCCGUGGAGCAAGCCGCGGAAAAAGCAGCGGAGGAGUCCCCGGAAAAUCCGGGAAAAGGAGCAAACCAAAACGCAGGGGAGGACCCAAACGCUUGUUUGGCUUUGGCCAAGCAGAUGAUGAUGAAGAGUAUUCGGGGCAGAGGGAGGAUGAUGAUGGAAAGACAGACGAUGAAAUUACAAAGAGACCACGUGGAUGUCCACCAUGUCCAAAACCUGAUUAUGGUGCGAUCAGAAAGUUAAUUUGCACAUGGUGAAGUAAAUGAAUUGUGUGGAUGCGAAGAAAUAAAUAUUAUCGUGCACUC